AUGUAUAUAUAUUUGUGUUGGUCUUUGUUGAUUCCUGCUGUUGGGGCUCCAGGAUUGUUGUUGCUUUAUCGCCCUAAGGAUAUAAGCAAUGCAUGUGUCUUUUCUAGACAUCUAAGAUAUGAUCUAUCUUUCGGUAUGGGUAUGUCUGACACGAUAACUUUGGUAUUAAGAACGUUGACUGAAAUCGACUAUGGUUGUACGAUCGAAAUAGUUACGGAACCAGCGAUACAAUUACUCGUUGUUAUCCGGUAUCCAACCCUGGUCAGCGCGAACUGCGAACUAAAUAGAGACUCCUUAACCCUACUGAAGAAGUGGAGGUGCAUUCGACUCUGUGAUGUUAUCUAUGAGAGGAGCCUACCGACCCACUACUUUACUUUCCACGUAAAGGAACGGCUUCGGGUUAAGUUUGUGAGCAACAGCAGCAUAAAUGCUGAUCUUAAUGCUAACUUCUACCAAAUAACUGCGACAACAGCACGUGUGAAGCCGUCAAGAGGAUGUGUCGUGAAGAAUGAGACCAUAUGCACUAUUGGCGAAGACCACUUCUGUUUCACGAGCGGCGUGGUCUGCGAUGGCAUAAAAAACUGUGGUGUGGAUGAUUGGUUCGACGAAAGAAAAUCUCAAUGUUCUCUGCCAGUGGAAAAGCUUGGUUACGCACCAGUCGUUGCAUUGCUGGCAGCGUCUCUAUGUUCGCUCCUCGCUUUGGGACAUAUCAUUCAACGGUGUCUACCACCUGUGGCAGACUCCUUCUUCAUUUUUAACGCGAACGAAGACAAUAGGCUCUGCAUCGAUCCCGUGCUGGUGCCAGGUGAUAAUGCACCACCAGAAAUACCACCAAUGCAGCGAACCUCUAUUAUACCGGCAAGUAUUUUGAGCCAUAUGCCAUAA